AUGAUGCCGCUUGCUGUUCCUCCUCGCCCCUCCAUGAUGCCGCUUGCUGUUCCUCCUCGCCCCUCCAUGAUGCCGCUUGCUGUUCCUCCUCGCCCCUUCGCUGCUUGCGCCCAGUGCCGUCGCCGCAAGACUCGCUGUGACGAGCAGUUCCCUUGCUCCCGCUGCCUCCGGGCCGGACGCGGGGACGACUGCUCUCGACCAGAGGCUGGUGAUGCCGCGCUCGGGACCCCCACGGUAACGCGCGGGCUUCGCCGCAGGUCGAGCAAGGCCUGCCUGAGCUGCCAGCUCAAGAAAGUGCGCUGCGGGGAAGCGCGGCCCUGCGCGCGCUGCUUCCGGACAGGGUCCGUGUGCUACGAGGAAGGGGGGCUUCCGCUGGGAGUGGACUUGCAGGGGUACCAGCGGAGGCGAGAGCAGGUGACCCAAGCGUGCGAGCGCUGCAGGAGGUCGCGGCUCAAGUGCGACCCCGAGAGGCCUUGCGGGCGAUGCGUCAGGUCAGGCCAGGCGUGCCUGGACGGAUGGAGGCGGAGGCGGCAGAGCGGGGCGAGGACGGAGGAGGAGGCAGCAGAGGCUCAGAGCUGCUGCACCUGGUGGGAGGAGGGCUCGGAGGGCUUCCUGGGGUCGGGCGACGAGCUCGUCAGCCCAGACAGCACGUGGGAGAUGUACCUGACGGAGGGCGCCUGGGGCGAGGAAGAAGCGCAAGCCGUAGUCCCCCUAGGCCACGGCCCGAGCACGGCGGAGGAGGCCUGGGAGAGGCCGGCGCAGGGCGAGCCUUGGUUUGCAUGGGAGGAGGAGGGCGGGCAGUCGAGGGAGGGUCAGGGCAAGUGGGAGGAGUGUCUGAGGGACUAG